AUGAUACAUUGGAGAGCAAAAACAACGAUUGGUACAUAUCUGCAAUACGGACUACUGGUCGCUGUGAUUAUUAAUUUCAUUUUGUUCGCAGUGUUCACUCUUACACAUCGGUAUUUUAAAUCUCAUGCCAUUGUUAUAAUAAACCCAUUUCUAGGAACCAAUAUUUCCCUAAUUCAUGUCCAAAAUUUCGGAUUGGACCAACUCAGGAAUAACAAUCCAGUGCAGGGUAUUGGUGAUGACAGAAAUGUACAAAUAGAUAGGGUGCAUAAUUCUUGGAGCACUGCACUAAUGGACAUAUCUGCCUACCAACGAAGUACGCCAGUGGUUCUAAUUAGAAACCUUACGUGCAAUGGUUGCUUCAAAUACACUUACGACUAUGUCAUCGAAACUCCUGGUAUAUGUACUAAUACCACCGAGCUUCUGUUUCUUAUAGCAUCGGCAACCGAGGGAUUCAACCAACGCAACGCUUUGCGGAGAACGUGGUUAAAUUUUACUGAAACCCAAAGGGGUUUUGUAAAGUAUGUCUUUUUGUUGGGGUUAUCUACAAAGGGUUCUGUUAAUGAUAUGAUCUAUGAGGAAAACGAAAGAAAUCAAGACAUCAUUCAAGGAACCUUCCUUGACACCUACGGGAACCUUACGUUGAAAACGCGGAUGGGCAUCAAGUGGACAGUUAAAGCCUGCGCAACGACCAAAUACGUCAUGAAAACCGACGACGAUAUGUGGGUUCAUGUGUCAAAUACUCUGUCCAUUUUGCUACCAAAGUAUGGGCGGAUCUUGGAAACACAUAUCGGAGGUUACUGUAUGAAUAAAGAAAAGCCUCAUAGAGACCCAAGGUCCAAGUAUUACAUACCAGAAAGUUUAUUCAGCAAGGAAGUUUUCCCGCCAUUUUGCAGUGGAACUGGGUACGUGACGUCAUUCAAGGUGGUAAAAAAGAUCAAUGAAAUCGCGGAAAACGUUCCAUUCUUCCCACUAGAGGAUGUAUAUAUUGGUCUAUGUUUAGAACAGUUAAAUUUAAACACGACGAAGAUAAAAUGGUUUUACCACUACAACCCUAAAUCAAAGCACCCUUGUUGGUACAAGACACCGUAUGUGUUCACAGUACAUGGAUUGGCACCAGAGAGACUAUUUGAGAUUUGGGAUGAAAUCUGUCAACUUUAG